GUCCCUCACGCUCGGCCCCGCCCCGCGUGGCUGCGGUAGUCCUGAGUGGAGAGGCAGGUGUAGGUUCCGCUACCGCGGCUGAUAACACCGGACCCCGCCAGCCAUGACUUCGGCCCCUGCGGAGGCGGAGACCCGGCAGAGGCUGCUGCGCACCGUGAAGAAGGAGGUAAAGCAGAUCAUGGAAGAGGCCGUGACACGCAAGUUCGUCCAUGAAGACAGCAGCCACAUCGUCUCCUUCUGCGCGGCGGUGGAAGCCUGUGUCCUACAUGGGCUGCGUCGACGGGCAGCUGGCUUUCUGCGCAGCAACAAGAUUGCAGCUCUCUUCAUGAAGGUGGGCAAGAGCUUCCCGCCAGCUGAGGAGCUGAGCCGCAAGGUCCAGGACCUGGAACAGCUGAUUGAGAACGCGAGAAACCAGAUCCAAGGCCUCCAGGAGAAUGUGCGGAAGCUUCCGAAGCUGCCCAACCUGUCCCCGCUUGCCGUCAAGCACCUGUGGAUCCGCACAGCCUUGUUUGAGAAGGUCCUAGACAAAAUCGUACAUUACCUUGUGGAAAACAGCAGUAAAUACUAUGAGAAGGAAGCGCUCCUGAUGGACCCUGUGGAUGGCCCCAUUCUCGCAUCUCUCUUGGUGGGGCCCUGUGCCCUGGAGUACACCAAGAUGAAGACCGCAGACCACUUCUGGACUGACCCCUCGGCUGAUGAGCUGGUCCAGAGGCACCGUAUCCACAGCUCACACCUGCGGCAGGACUCACCCACCAAGCGACCAGCUCUCUGUAUCCAGAAGAGGCAUUCAAGUGGCAGCAUGGAUGACCGGCCAUCCCUUUCGGCACGUGACUAUGUGGAGUCCCUGCACCAAAACUCUCGAGCCACCCUGCUCUAUGGCAAGAACAAUGUUCUGGUUCAGCCGAGGGAUGACAUGGAAGCUGUGCCAGGGUACCUGUCCCUGCACCAGACAGCUGACGUCAUGACCUUGAAGUGGACGCCCAACCAGCUGAUGAAUGGAUCCGUGGGGGACCUGGACUAUGAGAAGAGUGUCUACUGGGACUACGCCAUGACCAUCCGCCUGGAGGAGAUUGUCUAUCUGCACUGCCACCAGCAAGUGGACAGCGGUGGGACGGUGGUGCUGGUCAGCCAGGACGGCAUCCAGAGGCCACCCUUCCGCUUUCCUAAGGGUGGUCACCUCCUCCAGUUCCUCUCAUGCCUGGAGAAUGGGCUGCUCCCCCAUGGUCAGCUCGACCCACCACUUUGGUCCCAACGGGGCAAGGGCAAAGUGUUUCCCAAACUGCGCAAGCGAAGCCCGCAAGGUUCCUCUGAGUCCACGUCUUCAGACAAGGAGGAUGAUGAGGCCACAGAUUACGUGUUCCGGAUCAUCUACCCUGGCAUGCAGUCUGAAUUUGUUGCCUCCAACCACUCAGGCACUUGCUCCAUGUCUGUGAGCCCUGCCUGGAUGAUGGUUCCUGCUGGUCAGUCCAUGCUGGUGGUGGCCAGGAGGAUUCAGUGGGCACGAGCCAGAUGUGACACCGCCUUCCCCACACUGGGCCCAAAGGAACAGCGCCCCAUCCCCCAGGAUCUGAUGGAUGUCUCUGUGAGCAACCUCCCAUCUCUAUGGCAACCUAGUCCCCGGAAAUCCUCCUGUUCAUCCUGUUCACAGACUGGCUCAGCUGAUGGCAGCUCAAACAGUGGCUGCAACCAUGAAAGGGCUCCUUUGAAACUGCUCUGUGACAAUAUGAAGUACCAGAUCCUUUCCAGAGCCUUCUAUGGAUGGCUUGCCUACUGCAGACACCUGUCCACAGUGAGGACCCACUUGUCAGCCCUUGUCAACCACAUGAUUGUGUCUCCAGACGUGCCCUGUGAUGCUGGGCAGGGGCUGACGGCUGGGAUCUGGGAGCAGUACCUUCAGGACAGCACAAGUUAUGAGGAGCAGGAGCUGCUACGCCUAAUCUAUUACGGAGGUAUCCAGCCAGAGAUCCGCAAAGCCGUGUGGCCCUUCCUCCUCGGCCAUUACCAGUUUGGAAUGACGGAGACAGACAGGAAGGAGGUAGAUGAGCAGAUCCAUGCCUGCUAUGCACAAACCAUGUCUGAGUGGCUAGGCUGCGAGGCGAUCGUGCGCCAGAGGGAACGGGAGUCACAUGCAGCUGCCCUGGCCAAAUGCUCAUCGGGGGCCAGCCUGGACAGCCAUCUGCACCGGAUGAUGCACAGGGACUCUACUGUCAGUAACGAGUCCUCCCAGAGCUGCAGUUCGGGCCGCCAGAACCUCCGCCUGCAGAGUGACUCCAGCAGCAGCACACAGGUGUUCGAGUCCGUGGAUGAGGCUGAGCAAGUGGAAGUAGAAGGCAGGUUGGAGGAGAAACAGCCCAAGAUCCCCAACGGGAACGUGGCAAAUGGCACUUGCUCCCCAGAUUCUGGGCAUCCUUCUUCCCACAACUUCUCCUCCGGCCUCUCCGAGCACUCAGAGCCUAGUCUGAGCACAGAAGACAGUGUGUUGGACGCCCAGCGGACCAUCCCCCCUGUGCUUCAGCCUGGGGACAGCAGCGUGGAUGACGGGCAGAGCAGUGAGGCCACCACUUCCCGGGAUGAGGCCCGUCGGGAGGAGCUGGCUGUGCAGGACAGCCUGGAGAGCGACCUUCUGGCCAAUGGGAGCAUGGAUGAGUUCAUGUCCAUCACUGGCAGCAUGGACGUGGUCCUGUCUGAAAAGGAUGGUGCCACAAUGGAGGGCUGGCAGGGUGGGGAGGAAAAGCACAGCCAGGUGGACAGUGAGGACAACCUCUCAGAGGAGCCGGAGAUGGAAAGUCUCUUCCCUGCUCUGGCUUCUCUGGCUGUGACCACUUCUGCCAACAGCGAGGCAUCCCCUGUGUCUUCCAGUGGUGUCACCUACUCUCCUGAGCUGCUGGACCUGUACACUGUUAACCUGCACCGCAUCGAGAAGGAUGUGCAGAGAUGUGACCGCAACUACUGGUACUUCACACCUGCCAACCUGGAGAAGCUGCGCAACAUCAUGUGCAGCUACAUCUGGCAGCACAUUGAGAUCGGCUAUGUCCAGGGCAUGUGUGACCUUCUGGCUCCACUGCUGGUCAUUCUGGAUGAUGAGGCCCUGGCCUUCAGUUGCUUCUCAGAGCUCAUGAAGAGGAUGAACCAGAACUUCCCCCAUGGGGGCGCCAUGGACACUCACUUUGCCAACAUGAGGUCCCUGAUCCAGAUCCUGGACUCGGAGCUCUUUGAGCUGAUGCAUCAGAAUGGGGACUACACCCACUUCUACUUCUGCUACCGCUGGUUCCUGCUGGACUUCAAGCGAGAACUCGUCUAUGAUGAUGUCUUCUCCGUCUGGGAGACCAUCUGGGCGGCCAAACAUGUGUCCUCCGCCCACUACGUGCUGUUCAUCGCUCUGGCGCUGGUGGAAGUCUACCGCGACAUCAUUCUGGAGAACAAUAUGGACUUCACUGACAUCAUCAAAUUCUUCAAUGAAAUGGCUGAGCGGCACAACACAAAGCAAGUCCUGAAACUCGCCCGGGACUUGGUGUACAAGGUGCAGACGCUGAUCGAGAACAAGUAAACAUGCUGUGCCCUGACCACACCGCCAGCUGCUGUCCUCCUGCCCCAGUCCUUUGUGCCAGCCCAGCCCAGUGCGGGCCUGGCACCUGCCUAUGAACGUGGACUUCUGUGUAGAGAGAAGGGACCCUGACCUUGGCCAUUGGGCUGGUGGGGUUAAGGAGUGGACCCUCCAGUUCAGCCUUACGUUUUCUGUUUGACCAAAGAUCGCCGAAGUCUGGAGUUCUCCCUCACAGACUGGAAGUGGUAGGUGGGUGGAGGAAGUGUCUUCCUUCCCACGCUCCUCCUCUUUCUUCUGGGCUUCAUCUUUUCUGAUGAGACCAGGGGAGGUCACUCUUGAGGAACGGGUGUCAGAGAAGUCUGUGGGACUCCCCUUGUCCCCUGCAGAAGGCCUCUGGGCAAGUUUUAGAAUCUGCCUGCAAGCCUGGCUUUAAGCAGGUCUAUUCCCCUUCAGCACUGCUGACAUUUGAAGCCAGCGAGUGGUUUGUGGUGGGGAUGGUCCUGCGCACUGGGGGAUGGUAAGCAGCUUCCCUGGCUUCUACCCACCAGAUGCUGGUAGAACCUCCCCUUCCCUCCCUCAGGUUGUGACAACCUGGGAUGUCUCCAGACAAUGCAAGCCCACCUCUCGCCUCUGUCCUGCAGCCUCCCCAGUUUAGAAAAUGCACACAGAUUCCUUCAUACAUCUGUGCUGGACCCCAGGAUCCCAGUGGCUAUAUUUGCUCAUUUUUCCUCCUUUGACGCCAGGAAAUACUUUUUUCUUCUUUUCAAGAAAAGCACCUUCUUGCUUUUAAAGUGGAACCUAGGAGAUGUCUGUACGUAUAAGAUAGUCUAAGACACUUCAUGGUCCUGCCGACCAGUGAGGCUGGGCCUCACUCUGAGGGAGGACCUCACUUCCUGACCACAUAACAGCAGGCUCCAGGGUCUGGGGAGUUACAUGUUUGUGGCUGCCCCUGGGCUUUUCUGUAAGCACCCUUGCUCACUCAGGACAAAGGAGAAAGAACUAGGCGGGGUCCACCAGGUAGUGUCGGCAGAUGUUUUCCCUGGGAAACAUCCGCUGCUCUGAGGCUGCUGCCAUAGCUGGGUCUAGGAAUUGUCCCCUUCAUACCAGGGGCUACCAGUCCCCAGACAGACCUGAGUGAGCUAGUACACGCCCCCCUGGCCCACCAGGGAGCCGCCUGACCAGCUCCUGCUCAGAGAAUGUCUGAGUGGGAGGCCAGCAGGAGGCAGGGAAGAAGCUCAGGUGGUCAGAGCAUGGCCGCUGUGAUUUGGAGAGGAAGCAGACGGGGAAAGCAGGUUGAAGCAUUGGCAGAGGGCAUCUUUCCGUCCUGGACUGGGCAGAAGCCCCACCCUGCCAGCUGCUCCUCCCACUGCCUCUGAACCCCAGCCUUGGCCCAAAGGGACAGAAAGGACUGCAAGACCUCUGUGGCCCUUGUUCCCCAGGAGAGCUCCAAGGGAGACUUGAAGCUGUGCAAGUCCUUGUGGGCAGGAAGGGAAGGGGACAGCUUCUGCUGCCACUAGAAUCUCACCCCUGCCCCUGACCCCUACAACUUCCCAAGACAGGAGAAAGACCCGUCAGAUAAGCCUUUAUUCGCCACUCAGCUGUGGACUACAGAGGAUGUUAUUUUAGCACGACCAGGGCUCAGGCCCCCUGAUUCUUAUUUAUUUUUGUAACAGACCAGUCUCAGAGUAUAGCACAAGAUCUCCUCUCUGCCUUCCUGUGUGCUGUUGAAAGUGUGUGUGGUUGUGGUUUGCAGUGAAGCGUAUUUAUUCCGUGUACUGUGCUUAUGCAGACCUCUGUCCAUUGUGUAUGUCCUUGUGUCUUGGAAUUGAGUGUGUGGGAGUCAUUCUGUCUGUGGAGUGCCCUCUUUUUUCAGUGUUGUGAAUGCUUGCUGAAGAAUUGUGUCUAUAUAGAGAAAAUAAUAUAUGAGCAGAGAAAAAUGAA